CCUGCAGUUGAAAGCUCACCGGUGUGUGCAUACUUACCUUCACUCACACGGUUGCAGUGCAUCACAAUAUUGGUGAAGACAGCAGCCAGCAUUGGUUUGUGUUUCAUCAACACUAUCCAAGUACAUUUUGGAAAGAUGCCAAGAGAAGGACGAUAUCCCAGUCUGCCCAUCCUCUACACCAAGGGCAGCCAUUUUGACGUGGGUUACAUGACAGGAACUACGUUCGCUGACCGCAUCCGGCGUUACUGGCACGACGAUGAGAACCUGAGCCAGCCAUCUCGUGCGUUGUACGAGUCACGUGACGGACGCGAGCUGUGUGACGUACUUCAAAAGAAAGGAGAAGACAACUUUCCGCAGUACGCGGCUGAGAUUCGCGGCCUUGCAGCAGGGGUUGGAGUGUCAUACGAAGAAAUGUUCUUUCAAAACUCAAUUCUGGACAUGAUGUACAUGGAUGAGGGUGUUGUCCUGGACCUGCUAGGCAAGACGGUUCCUCUGACACGACUGCUAGAGCGCUGCAGCACCGUCCUCCUGAACAGACCCGACGUUAAGGUCAUAGGUCACAACGAGGACGACUACACGGCACUGCAGCAAUACGGUUACAUGGUCUCCGCUGUUGUCGACGAUCCUGACUUUCCUUCCAUGCUACAGGGACAGGGAACCAACGGCUACGAUAACAAUAAAGAAGGUCUUUCUGAAGACAAAUGCACAUCCAGCAGAGUGCUACCCGGGAAUGCUACCCGGCGUGGCCUUCAGCUUCAACGACCACGGGUUGGUUUUCUGUAUCAACUCGCAGACCACCGACACCGUUUAUUGCGGCGCUCCAAACGCUUGCAUUACGCGCAGUCUUCUGGGCGCAGCUUCCGUUGAACAGUGUCGCCAUCUACUGGAGAACAGACGGCGAGGUGGAGGGAACUUGGGGUUCAGUGUCAACAUUGCGGAUGUGAAGUCUCCUGAUGUUCUGUGGUCGGCUGAGGUCCAACCAGGUCUCCUUGGCAACAAAGUGCACAUGCACCCUGUAGUGGAAGCCGCCUUUGGUGACAUGGAGGACAAAGGCUGCUAUUUUCAGACCAACACCUAUCAGCAUCUCUCUAUCUCCAACAAGCUCUAUUCCCAUUUGCAGCGCCCUCUGGCGAGGAGCAGUCGCGCUAAAGAAAUGUUUCCCUGCGCUGACGAGCACGACGUGCUCCGAGUGCUAGGAGACACUGAAAUAUACAACGACUUUGUCAUUUUCCGUAGACCUACUAGCAAAGAUAAGUUGACCACAUGUACCACUGCCCUGUUUGACAUCAAAGGGAAGC